AUGGUAAGGAAAGUUGUUGGAGUUGACCUUGAAGACUACGGAACAAAGAGCGUUCUAGUCACAGCAGCAUGGGCAAACGUAAACUUUGACUUUGAAGUGGCUAAAGGCACAUGCUGCGCUUCACAGGCAAAAAAAAACGCCUUCUCAGAACUCAAACACGCAGUAACACUCGUUCUGGACAAGGAUUUAGGAACUUUCUGCGGACACGUAACAGUAUGCAGACACCUACUGGAUCAUGUGUCUAAGGGAACAGACGAAAAAUCAGCCUUUGAAAGAAGUGACACAAGCAGUUGGGUUGAGUUUUUCUAUUCAAGACUUGAUUUUGAAACGAAACUCGACAAGUCAUCAGUUGUGACAAGAGGAUCAAACUCAGACCUUUCAAAAGUUGUAGUUUCACUAAACAAUUAUCUCGCAACGAAGACAUUUUUGGUGGCAGAAAAGCUCAGUCCAGCAGAUCUAGUAUGUGCAGUUUCACUAGACCACCUAGUUCAUCAAAAGAGGCUAGACGCAGAGUACUUAGAGAAGGAACUACUCCACCUAGCAAGGUUUUUGAGGACUGUUAAGGCGAGUGACUCAUUCCAAAAGUUCCUGAAAAUGGUUGAAAAUUACAAAUCAACAGGAAGACUAGACGGCAAGGCUCCAGCCAACAAUGUCGAAGAGAAGUCUGAACCAGCUAAGAAACCCAAAAACCCAAUGGACUUACUUCCACCGACAUCAUUUGUUCUCGACCAGUGGAAGAAGACAUAUAGUAACUGCAAAGGCGACUUAUACAAGGAGGCGAUGCCAUGGCUUUGGGAAAGAUUCGACCCAGAAGGUUGGAGCUUCUACUAUAUGGUAUACAAUAAGCUUGAAGACGAGUGUAAGUCUGAGGUCUUCACGUCGAACAUGCUGAGUGGAUUUUUGCAAAGGUUCGAGACUGAAUUUAGGCACUAUUCGUUCGGCGUACUUAAUGUAAUGGGCAGUAGCGGGAACUUUGACAUCAAGGGCGUCUGGUUGGUCAGGGGAACUGAACUGCCAGCACUAAUGACAGAGCACCCUUCUUACGAGUUCCAUACAUUCAGGAAACUUGAUGUAACAAAACCUCAGGACAAGAAACUAGUUGAGGACUAUUUCUGCGCUUGUGACGAGAUUGAUGGAGUGCCAAUAGCCGACUGUAAGGUCUGGAAAUAA